AAAUAUUUACCAUAUAUUUUUCGAACGCACUGCAUACUUUUCAAGCAAACAGAAAUAUCUCUGCAAAUUCGUCUGGAAAUGAAAGAGCAUAGCCUCCUGUUUCUGUUUUGUUGGAGGACUCCUUUUUAUUAGUCUACUUCGCUGGUUAAAAUAGAUAAAGAAAAAUGGAGAUCCAGGAAGGGGAGAGUAAGCCUACGGAUGACAUUAUUUUCAAAAGGAUCGGAGUUUCGAUUCCCAUAACUUCAACUAAAGAUGCAUUUGACGCCAAUUGUGCUCCGUUGAAGGCACUCGCUGUAUCCAACCAAUUUGGCCUCGCCUUUGUUGCUCAUACCCGAGGAUUCUGUGUUACUAAGACUGCAGAGCUUCUACAAGUUGCAGAGGAUUUGAAAGAUAAUCCACAUAAAGCAUUGACAGUUCAGGAUGCAAGCAUUGUGGAUGUGGCACUUGGUGGUGUUUCCCUUCUGACAUUGUCAAGUGAUGGCUUAAUCCUUGCUGCUUGUGUUGGGGGAACAGUUCAUUUUUUUAGUGUUCCUGACUUAGUUCAUAAGAUUGACUUAAAGCCAUUUCAGUCGACACCGGUUUAUGAAGCUCAGUACAUAAGGGACUUUAUUUGGUGCAUGGCUAAACAAAACAUGUACGUAGCACUUUCAAGUGAAGGCACACUAACUUGCGGAGAAAUCGGGUCUUCUUUUGAGCACAUAGAAGAGAAAGUUACUGCAGUUGAUUGGAGUGCAGAUGGACAGGAUAUUGCACUGCUGACAAAAGGCAACAAGUUGACCAUUUUGUCAUCAAAUUUGAGGAAGAAGUCUCAUCUACAACUGCCUGAACCACUGCAGAUUACUAGCUCAAACAAUAACAUCAAAAUACAUGUGGAUUCAAUAAAGUGGAUACAGAAAGACUGCAUAGUUAUUGGCUGUGUUGGUGUAGAUGAAGAAGGAAUGGAAUCCAAAUAUCCGGUCUAUAUCCUUACUUUCAAAAGUAGUGAUCUUUCACAGGAGCCCAAAGAUGCUGAAAUGUUGGCGUUUGAUUGUUUGUUCACAACAAUAGACAGCUCAAUUCUGCCGUCAAAUACUGGACCUUACUUACUCCUAAAUUAUGUUGAUGUUUGGGAUUUGGCGGUGGCUGCUAAUCGGAGGAAUAUUGAUGACCAUAUUGUUUUGCUAGGCUGGGUACUUGCAAAUGGAAAGAAAGUGGCAAUGUCUAUAGAUUUCACUGAUGAGAAAUUGAAACCAAGGAUAGAGUUACAAGAAAAUGCUGAUGACAAUUUUGUGGUUGGGAUGGCAAUGGAUAGAACUUCAGUUGAUUUCCAAAUUAGCAUUCCAACAGAAGAUGGAGGAAUAAAUCAGCUUCCUCCCUGUCCUGUUUUGUUGUGCAUAACCAUUGAAGGGAAAAUGGACUUGUUCUCUUUUGCCAGAAUUGCAGAAGUAUGGAAUGCACCUGAGCUUCUGGUCACACCUAUUGCUGUUCCCAUGGUUCAUCCAUUGGUGGCUACAUUCCCGGAAGACAAGAAGUCUGAAGAGUCCAUUCCUUCAAACUUUGAUUCUAAGAUGUCGGUAACAAGAGAAUAUGUAAAUGCUGAGGAUCCACAGUUGAACAAUUCUGAUAAUCAAAUGAUUCAGAUUGGAGAUUUUUAUACUAAUGAUCUGCUGAAGGACGGUAAUGAAAUAAAGCUGGUUCCUGUUGAGAAAACACCUUCCAGAACCCCAGUAAGAAAUGAAGCGGAUGUAAAUACUGAAAAUUCUCAUGUUAGUAAGCAUGAAGAAGAGAUCACUAAAAUGGAAAAUAUGAAUAAGUUUCAACACGAAAAGGCUUAUAAUGUGAUGGAGUCAGUGUACAAUGAGAAACCCACACCUCUCAUGGUUAAAGUAAGGGAAACAGAUGUAAAUGUCAAAAAUAUUCAAACUAGAAAUGAGGAUGGUAGGAAGCCAAAAGUGGAACAUAUCAGUGCUUUUCAACUGCAAGAUACCAGUGAUAUGCCAAAACCAAUGUUGGAUGAUAAAUCUUCCUUUGUCAAGCACAAAAGUAAAUCAUGCAAUGAUGAAAUUUCUCAAGCUAGCAAGCUUGAAGAAGAGAUCACCAAGAUGGAAAAUAUGAACAAGUUUCCACUGCAAAAGGGUGAUAAUGUGACAGAGCCAGUGUCCAAUGAGAAACCCACUUCUCUCCUGGUUAAAGUAAAGGAAGCAAAUGUAAAUGUAGAAAACAUACAAACUAGCAACAAGGAUGAGAUACCAAAAGUGGAAGAUACCACUCCUGCUCAACGGCAAGAUACCAGUGAUAUGCCAAAACCAAUGUUGAGUGAGAAAUCCUCCUCUGUCAAGCACAACAGUAAAUCAAGCCUUGAUACACAAAAGUUGUUUGGAAUGCCUUUCAGUGGACCAACUAAUCUUUUCCAAACAGCACCAAGAAACUUUCUUGCCGAAUCUAGCUCAAUUUCAAGUUCUAGUUCAAGUAUUCCCAAAAAAAGCGUUUCUCAGGGUGAGAGUUUUGGUACGGUUGAGUCUAUUUCUACUCGAGCAAAUGAGUCUGGGUCUGCCUUUGCGAGCAUGGCUAAAGUCAACAGUCAAACUGUUUCUAGUAAAGCAGAUCUGACUGGAUUUUCAAAUAAAGAAGUUGCAGGAAAAGUUUCUUCAGAAACUUCCUUGGGAAAUAUGCCAAAAUCAGGUUUGGGUACUGCACCGUUUGGAUUUAAGCAGUCAUCUGGACAUCUUUUGACUUCAAGCAUUUCAACUUCAAAUCUGUCACCUGUUCCAGCAUCAGCUUCAGCUUCAGUGUCACAGUUGUUCACAGGUGUAAAAGAUUCAUAUCAGGGAAAGACAAGUGUUACAGGAGCUCUCGGUGGUUUUCGUGCCACCAAUGCAGCAGGUACAAUUUCUUCCAGCAGCAUCUUUCAGUCUGGCAUGAAAACAAGCAUUCAUUCUACCAUUUCUUCUGAAGGUUCCUUCCGUAUGGUCGCCCAAUCACAGCAAGCAGCUGAACCUUUGGUGCCAUCAGGUACAUACAAGGCAGAUUUGAAAUCAACUCAACGAGCUUCUGGAAUGUCAGAGAUUGAGAUUGAUUUCUCUCAGGAGCUUGAGAAUGUAAGGAAUAUGGGAAAGGAAGUUGAUGAUCUUAUUUCAAACAUUGAAGGCAAGAAGACAGUUUCAAAGGCAAACAAUAUAUCAUUCAGCAAACGUGCAAUCUUGAAUAUUGAGGACAAAAUCAAGACACUCUCAGAAAAUUGCAAUGAAUUCAAGGAAAGGCUUGAGGAGCAACUUUUUGACAUUCAAACUCUUCGUGAUAAGAUGAUGCAAGUGGAUGCAUGGAGAAUCUACAUGCAAAGCAUUAUUAAACAAGCUACUGAUGAACAAUAUCAGGAUUUACGAAAUCGUCAAAAAUUAAACCCUGAGCUUGAUAUUAAGCGACAAUCAAUUUCCAAGUCUGAGCAGAGUUUAAAACAACAAAUUCUAGAGUUGGAAGGGCAUCUUCAGAAUCUCGAGAUCAGUAAAUUUGAAGUGAGUGAUGGCCCUAGAAGGGCACACCAGAGGCAAUUUCAAAAUGCAAGGCAACUGCAAUCCUUGCAAAGCUUUUAUAAUACGGUGAACUCACAGCUAGUAAUUGCUGAGAAAUUGGCAAGUCGCCUUUCACAGCAAAUGGAGGCUUUAAAUAUAUCUCCUGACAAAUCUGCAAAUUCAAAGAAUGCAAAGAAGGAAGCCUUGUUUAAAUCCAUUGGUUUAUCCACAGAUGAAGCUUGCUUCCAGUCUCCAGAUUUGAAGAAGUCUUCAAAUUCAUACUCGUUGCAGAAAUUUGCAUAUUCACCAUCAUCCACUGCAAGCAAGGGAAGUUCUGUUCAAAGAGAGUCAACAAUGCAGGAACCAGAUUCUUUGAGGAGGAGAAGAGAUCCCAUUGACAGUGCAUGGGCUAAUGUUGGAACUGCAAAGACUACAGUGAAAAGGGCUUCCUUAGCACUGAGUUCUAGGGCCAACAGAAGCAGAUCAUCACUGGAGUUGACAGAGAGUUCAAUUUCCAGACUAAGGACAACUUCUGCAAUGUUUUCCCAUGAAGAUUCUCUGUCAUCAUUAAACUCAUCACAUAUAUCUGAACUAAAGGAAGCAAAUAUUUCAAAUGAUGCCACUGCCAGUGCAUCUGGUGGACCUUCAUCUGAUUUAUUUUUAAAACGAUCAAAUUACCAGUCACAGUCACUACAAAACAUAUCAAAUCAGGUGUCAAAUGCUUCAGUGAAAAGCAAAGGUACAGAUAGAACUCUUGAGAAGCAUGAUUCUGACGUAGUGGCAACCUCUCCUGUUAUUUCUGCACGGCCUAAAACAAGGGCAGCCAAUAGGAGUCCAACUGCCCAUGGACCCACAGUUGGAAGGCAGUCUGAAGGUAUGAGUUCAAAACCAAGUUCAAUGCAGAGCAGCUUGGAAUUUACAACCAAAGCAUCUAUUGCUUUUUGUAACACCAAGACAUCUAUUGGAAAUACAAUUGAGGGAAGAACCUCUGGUAUUGAUGAUGGAACAAAAGUCUCUCAACAACACGAGUUGGCAUCUACUCAAAUUAAAUCUGUUUGUAUAAACAACAGAGAAGAAGUAAAUGAAUUGAACAAUGAUGCUUCAGAAUGUGUAGCAUCAGCUGCAAAAUUGUGUGAAAGCUCACAACCGUCUGCUUUGUUGCAAGUAUCAAAUCUAUCUUCAUCAUUAAAAUCCACUAAAAAGGAUAAAAAGCCAUCAUAUGCCGGAGCUUCUGAUUAUACAUCUGAACAUACAAAUUUAUCUCCUAUGAUGCAAUUUGCAAAGCCUUUUGUCUUUAGCAUGCCCACGGGCAGUGGUAGUGUAUCUCAAGGUGCAAACACUGGGGAAUCAAAGUCCUCUUUAAAUGCUUCUUUGGGUCCAGAGAGUAAGUUUAUAUUUUCUAAAGGUUCUAUGUUGUUUGGUUCAAAACCACAAAAUUCUGAUGUAUCUGAUGCUGCUUCACAGCCCAAGUCAAUUUCAUUUGGCAUGCCAUCUUUAGCAACUUCUAGUGGGCAAAAUGUGACGCCUCCAGAUCAUGAUGUUAGAACUUCAACACCUCAAGGUCCUUCAUUGUUUGUUUCAAAACCACAAAAUACCAUUCCAUCUGUAGCUGCCACUCAAUCAAAGCCCUUUUCUUCCAACUUUUCUUCUCAGUCUACUGCUAAUGGGAAAAGUGUAACAGCACAAUCUAAUAGCUCUUUAGUAUCAUCAGCAGUCACUGAUUCGCCUAUUAAUGAAAGCAUAACUCCAGUUUCUGGUUUGGGAGGAGGGCUGGCAGCUAGUGACCAGUUUCAAGCAAGACUGACAAAAACUUCUGAACUUGAUAUAUCCCCUUUGAGCGCUUCAUCAUCUAGCCAAUUUUCUUCCUCUGGGGCGGCAGCUCUCUCCUCCAUGGCACAGACAUCUGCUUCACCAGUUUCUCCAUUUGUGUUGUCUUCCUCACAGACAAAACCAUCAUUUACAGGAUUUGCUGCCACCGCUACUGGAGCUUCCACUCCAGCUUUCUCUUUCUCAUCAGCAGCAGCAUCAGGUUUUGGACAGUUUUCUGCUCCUGUUUCUGGAUCAUCAGGUUUUGGAAGUCAAACAAAUGUAGCAUCCAAUGUUCCCACUUCUUUUGGAUUUUCCAAUUCUGCUAGCACACAUCUGACUUCUCAGCAAAGUCACUCUGCUCCCAGUCUUGGGCUAGAUGUAGCAAUUUUAUCCCCUGAGCAGAAAACUCUCUCCUCUCUAACUUCAUCCUCCUUUGGGCACACAUCAGCAAUGAUCUCUGCUGUUACAAAUGAGGAAGACAUGGAGGAGGAAGCUCCUACUCAAACAGCUGAUGUAAAUAUUGGAAGUUUCAGUGGGUUUGGGCUUGGAUCUGCUACAUCUACUGUACCAAAAUCCAAUCCAUUUGCAGGGCCAUUGAUUACUAGUCAGCCAAAUCCUGCAUUUUCACUCAAUAACCCUACCGGUGAAUUAUUUAAACCAGCAUCCUUCAGUAUACCGGUGGUCCAGUCAUCUUCACAAUCAAGUCCGAACUUAUUUGGAAGUAAUUUAGGAAGUGGUAGUGGAAUCUAUCCUUCUCCUGCUUCAACUAGUUCCUUUGGCCAACCAGCCCACCCUGGCCCUGGGCAACAGGCCCUUGGAAGUGCUUUAGGAGCUUUUGGUCAAUCAAGGCAAAUAGGGUUUGGUAGUGGUUUUGGAGCAAGCUUUGGUUCUCCAAGUUCACUCUCAGGUAGUGGAUUUAAAGCAGCAGGUCCAGGGGGUGGAUUUGCUGGAGCUGCAGUUGGGGGUGGAUUUGCUGCGGCAGCGACUGGAAGUGGAUUUGCUGGAGCUGCAGUUGGGGGUGGAUUUUCUGCAGCAGCGACUGGAAGCGGAUUUGCGGCAGCAGCCAAUACAGGAACCAGUGGCUUUUCAGGAGGGGGCUUCCAGUCGUCCGGUGGGAAUCAAGGUGGCGGUGGAUUUGCAUCUUUUAGAGGAGGGUCGCCUGGUUCAACAAAUCCACCUCAAAGUUUGUUUACCCAGAUUAGAAAGUAGCUGCAGUUUGAAUAACAGGUUGCAUGGCAUUUCACUAAGCAAUGUUUCUCAAAGAUUUGUUAUGCCCAGCAAUUUGCCUCAGAAAAUGGUAAAGCAGGGGUGGUGUUCCUGGAAUGUACAUUAAAUUUUGGCUUAAGAACUUCCGUGCUUCAACACAGAUGUCAAGAUUUGAGGGGACUCCUCAAUUUGCAUCCUGAUGUUUUGCAGGAAUGCUUCUCUGUUGCAUAUUCAUGAUACUAUAUUGAGGAACUUAUGUGGUGGUCUUAAGAGACCACUCGCUAUCAUUAUUAUGUGGGGUUUUCUGAUGGAAAGGCACUUGUCGGAUAGAUAUAUCUGUACAGAAUAUACAAGUUUGCUUCAUUAUUCUGAUUUCCAAUGGAAAUAUCAUUGGGCAAUGUAAUUUCUUUUCGAUAUUGCUCAAGGGCAAUUUGUACCUCAUAUCAUUAUUGUUGUGUCCGAAAAGGAUAUAAAUUUGAGGUAAAACACGAACACAGUAAAAAGUUGCAACAAAACUAUUUUACUGGUUUAAAAAUACAAGGGCUAUAUAGUGGCUAGUUGAUGGCAAUAUUGAAUUAAAUUUAAGAGGUGGAUAAUUUAGAUAUUAGAAUUCCAGCAAUUAUGAGACAAACAUGAGGAGGUGGAAACAUGCAUUAAAUUCAAUAUGAUAUCUAGGAUAGACCAAUCCUAUAAUUAAUUAUA